GGCCCCGAGAGCGGCUUCCGGCGUGACCUCGGCUGGCCGGCUUCCGGGCGUGCGCUCCCUCCAAAAUGCAGGGCAGCACGAGAAGAGCAGGGGUCAUGACGGACGUCCAUCGGCGCUUCCUCCAGCUGCUGAUGACUCACGGUGUACUGGAAGAGUGGGAAGUUAGGCGCCUGCAGACCCACUGCUACAAGGUCCACGACCGAAAUGCUACUGUAGAUAAGCUGGAGGACUUCAUCAGCAACAUCAACAGUGUCUUGGAGUCCUUGUAUAUUGAGAUAAAGAAAGGAGUCACAGAAGACGACGGGAGACCCAUCUAUGCACUGGUGAAUCUUGCUACAACUUCAGUUUCCAAAAUGGCCACGGAUUUUGCAGAGAAUGAGCUGGAUCUGUUUAGAAAGGCUCUGGAACUGAUUGUUGACUCAGAAACUGGCUUUGCUUCUUCAACAAACAUUUUGAACCUGGUUGAUCAGCUCAAAGGCAAAAAGAUGAGGAAGAAGGAAGCGGAGCAGGUGCUGCAGAAGUUUGUGCAGAGCAAGUGGCUGAUUGAGAAGGAGGGCGAGUUCACCUUGCACGGCCGGGCCAUCUUGGAAAUGGAGCAGUUCAUCCGAGAGACCUACCCAGAUGCUGUGAAGAUAUGCAACAUCUGCCACAGCCUCCUCAUCCAGGGUCAAAGCUGUGAGACUUGUGGUAUUAGGAUGCACAUGCCUUGCGUGGCCAAGUACUUCCAAUCCACCUCUGAACCACGCUGCCCCCACUGCAAUGACUACUGGCCCCAUGACAUACCAGAAGUCUUCGACCCUGAGAAGGAGAGGGAGGCUGGCGUCUCCAAGUCGAGCAGAAAGCCCAUGCGGACUCGGCAGCACUAGCUACGUCCUGCAUCGCUCUGGCUGUUGGUGGGCUGACUCUCAUAGCCCCUUAAAGCUGUCUCCCUUGUUGAUAUUUGCUUUUAACACGUUUUUAGUAACUGUUCCCUGGUGGCUGCUGUGCUCUGUAAUCUACAGCUUGUGUGGGGUUGGGUUCCCAUGGUGAGUUGAGUGGACUGGCCCUGAAAAGCCGCACUAGGUCACUGCCAGCCCCAGGCAGGUAGCUCUGUGUCUGGCUCUGGAUGGUUUUGCUUUGGUUGCAGUUUUGGUCCAUGACGCUGGCCUAGGUGUCCACAGCUACAAUAGGACCUUACUCUGGCCCCAAGGGCAUUAGCUUUCUGCAGGCUGUUGUGCUGUUCCCAUGGGGCCUUUUGUCGCCCAUCAGCAGGUAGCCUGAGAGUCAGUCCAGCCGCUUUGUCCCUGGCCUCUAUCUCAGGAUGUCCUCAAAUCCUGUCCGGCCCUUGCCGUUUAGCCCCAUAACUGCUGUCCAGACCAGGCCCCAGCCCUCAACCCCAGCUGCAGCAGCUGCUCUGCCCCUGGAUAGUUAGCAUACCCUGCUGAGACCUGUUUUGAUUUUGGGUGAUUGGGCUGUUAAGACUCAUGGUGAGGGUUCUCACCUGCUCACCUCAGCCUUCCUUCCUUUUCCAGCUCCU